GCGCACUUUUCGGCUCUCACGAGAUCCUUGCUGUGCAAUGAGCAAUCUACGCGCUCAAAAGCGUCUGGCCUCGGCUGUAUUCGGUUGUGGAAAAAAAAAGAUUUGGCUAGAUCCCAAUGAAACUGCAACCAUUCAAAAUGCCAACUCGCGUAAAAUGAUACGAAAGUUGUUUAAAGAUAACUUGAUUAUUCGCAAACCUGUGACAGUCCAUUCUCGUUCUCGAUGCCGAAAAAACUUGAUUGCACGUAGAAAAGGUCGUCACUCGGGAACGGGUAAAAGAAAAGGUACAGCAGAUGCACGUAUGCCUCAAAAGGUCCUGUGGAUGAGGCGAAUGAGAGUUCUUAGGCGUUUACUUAAGCGGUAUAGAGAAGCUCACAAAAUCGAUAAACAUCUGUACCACUUAUUAUAUCAACAAUGCAAAGGCAACCAAUUUAAAAAUAAAAGAGUUCUCAUUGAUCAUAUUCACAAGAAAAAGGCAGAACGUCUCCGAGCAAAACAACUCAGUGAUCAGGCAGAAGCACUGCGUCAAAGGAAGCGCGAGUCCCGAAUAAACCGUCAGCACAGGCUCGAAGAGCGAAAAAAGGCCGUGAUUGAGAGCUUUAAUACAGCUGUUGCUAAAUCCACAACUCCAGUCGCUCAAAAGCCCAUCCCUUCAGUAGAAACUAAACCUAAGGUAGAAGUCAAGCCAGCUCCGGCCCCUGCACCAACCCCAGCAGUUACACCGACGUCUCAGCCGUCUGUUGAAAAGGUAGAAGUCCCAACAAAACCUGCACCUCUCAAAGUGUCGAAAGUUGCACCACCACCGAAAAUCCCAACUGCAAAAACUCCUGCAGCUCCACCUAAAAUACCUGAGCCUGGUUCAGCCAAGUCAACGUCUUCUAAAAAACCUGCCAAGCGUUAGUGUGAAAUAGAUUUCAAAAUGGUAAUCCACGUAAAUGAGGAAGAUUUGGAAGAUGUAAAAACCUUUACAUAUUUGGGAAGCAUCAUUGAUGUACAUGGUGGAUCUGAUGCAGAUGUGAAGGCGCGGAUCGGUAAAGCAAGAGCAGCAUAUUUACAACUGAAGAACAUCUGGAACUCAAAACAACUGUCAAUCAACACCAAGGUCAGGAUUUUCAAUACAAAUGUCAAGACAGUUCUACUGUAUGGGGCAGAAACCUGGAGAACUACGAAAGCCAUCAUCCAGAAAAUACAGGUGUUUAUUAACAGUUGUCUACGCAAAAUACUUCGGAUCCGUUGGUCGGACACUAUUAGUAACAACGUACUGUGUGAGAGAACAAACCAGAUUCCAGCGGAGGAAGAAAUCAGGAAGAAGCGCUGGAAGUGAAUAGGACGCACAUUGAGUAAAGCACCCAACUGUGUCACAAGACAAGCCCUCACAUGGAAUCCUCAAGGCCAAAGGAAAAGAGGAAAACCAAAGUGCACAUUACGCCGAGAAAUGGAGAUAGACAUGAGAAAAAUGAACAAGAAUUGGAUGGAACUAGAGAAGGAGGCCCAGAACUGGAUGGGUUGGAGAAUGCUAUUCGGCAGACUAUGCUCCAUCAGUAGUAACAGGCAUAAGUAAGUAAGUAAGGAUGUAAAUGAGGAUAUUCAAGAACCAUGAGUUUUAUAAAAUUAAAUUCCUCUUUAUCAGUAACAUUCACGUGUAGCAGUUUUACUAGAUUUCAGUUGAUUCUUUUUCAGAUUCCUAAUACUUUCAAAUUUGACUUACUUCUUACUUACUUACGUCUGUUACUACUCGUAAAGGAGUAUAGGCAAACCACCAACAUCCUCCAACGAACCCUGUCCAAAGCAAUCCUUCCCAACUCCUUCCAGUUCCUAUUCAUCAUUUUCAUAUCUGAUUCUAUUUCCCGACGUAAUGUGUUCUUUGGCCUUCCACUUUUCCGUCUUCCUUCAGGAUUCCAAGUUAGGACUUGCCUCGUGAUGCAGUUUGAUGAUUUGCGUAAUGUAUGUCCUAUCUAUUUCCAUCGUCUUUUCCUAAUUUCCUCUUCAGAUGGAAGCUGGUUUGUUCUCUCCCACAGUAGCCUGUUGUUGCUGAUGGUAUCCGGCGAAUGGAUGUUGAAUAUCUUGUGUAGACAACCAAUUAUACAUACUUAUACCUUCUUGAUGGCGUUUGUAGUAGUUUUUUCAAGUUUCAGCUCCGUACAGUAGAACUAACUAUCUUGAAGUUGGUAUUGAAGAUUGUGACUUUGAUGUUAGUUGAAAGUUGUUUUUAGUUCCAUAUGUUCUUCAAUUGUACGAAUGUGGUCCUUGCUUUGCCAAUCCUCGCCUUCACAUCUGCAUCUGAACCUCCUUGUUCAUCGAUGAUGCUUCCUAGGUAUGUGAAGGAUUUUAAAUCUUCCAGAGUUUCGCCAUCAAGAGUGAUUGGAUUGCUGUUCUCCGUGUUGUAUUUGAGGACGUUGGUUUUCCCCUAGUGUAUGCUGAGGCUUACUGAUGCAGAGACUGCUACUACACUGGCUGUCUUUAUCUGCAUUUGUUCGUGUGUAUGCGAUAGGAUGGCUGGGUCAUCUGAGAAUUCCAAAUCGUCUAACUGAUUCUGAGCUGUCCAUUGUAUUCCGUGUUUUCCUUCAGAUGUUGAGGUCUUCAUAAUCCAGUUGACCACCAGAAGAAAGAGGAAGUGAGAGAGUAAACAGCCUUAGCUGACUCUGGUCCUUAAUUGGAAUGUAUCUGUCAACUGUCCUCCAUGCACGGUUACCAGAAAAAUAAUUCAAAUUUGACAUCAGGCAUAAAUUUACUAUCGUCAUUGAGGAUAAAUAAAUAUAUCAUCUCUUCUUUUUAUGAGUGAAUCAACAUUGAAAAACAAACGAACAAACGAAGGAAACUAUUUGAUUCAUUAAAAAAGAAAAAAAAGAGAAAACGUUUCAGUGAAGACAACUUGAAGAGAUCUUCAACUUCAUAUGUGAUAGUCCUACUUGACGACAACAAUAAUUUAUGACUACCAGUAAUUAGAAUUAUGAUUUCUUUAAUGGGAAUAAAAAAACUCACAAGAACUGAGGGUUCUUACACCAUUCUUACACCAUUUCAGUAAUAUGUUUGUGUACACUUUUUAUACCGAGAAAACAUACAAACAAACAAACAUGCUAAUAACUUAUUCAAUAAUGUUGACAAAUCGGAUUAUGAUUUACACGAUUAUUUUCGUUAUUAAUGACUUAUUUACUUAUGCUUGUUACUCCCAAUGGAGGAUAGACCCGCCGACCAGCAUUCUUUAACAAACUUUAUCCUGGAUAUUCUAUUAUAGUUCUAUUCAAUGAUUGUUCAUUCUUCUUCUCAUGUUUGUCUGUUUCUAUUCCUCGAUGUAAUGUGUUCUUUGGUCUUCUUCUUCUUCUUCUUCGUUAAUAAUAAUAAUCAUAAUUUAUAGCUGUCAAAUUAGACAAACAAAAGAAAAAAACUUUAACUAAAGUGAAUAUAUAUAUAAUACGAAUUUAUUUUUCCCGGCUAUAAAAUUGAACGAAUUUUCACGGGAAAACAAACUUUAUUUUACGUCUGCAUAUUUUAACAUUAUUCUUAUUAUUUACAAUAGAAGAUUAGUUUUAUUAAGAUAAUCAUUAAUAUGAAGUAUAGAAUAAAUGAAUUUGAUAGGAAAAUGAAUUUAACAUUGAAUAUACUACUGAUUAUGAUUAUGAUGAUAAUAAGGAAUAAUGAUUCAACAUUAAUUAAGCAUAAAACAUUAAUAAAUAAAAUAGAUGGUAGUAAUAUGGAAAUUGUAUGUAUAUUGGAUCAUGAUAAUUAUUGUACAGAACAUCAUGUGGGAUUUUUAUUUCAUGAUGGUUGCCGUAAAUGUAUGUGUAAAAUAGAUGGAGCUUAUUGUACAAGUAAAGGAUGUAUGUAUUAUCAAUUAACUGAAACAAAUCCUGAAGAUUAUUGUAGAAAAUUAGUUGAAAUGAAUGAAAAUGGUACUAGUACCCUAUCUGAAAAUGGUAGAAAUGAAAGUUCUAUUAGUUAUAAUAUGACUUAUAUACAUAAACCGGGUAAUGAAACAGAUGAUGAAGCUAAUAAUAAUAAUAAUAAUGAGGAGAAGAAUAAUCAAAACAGAAAAAUCAAUAAAUUAAUUAACAUAUCAGAGAAAACGAAUGAAAAUGUAACCAUAUCUCCAUUAUCCACUGAAGAAAAUGUUUUCGCGGACAAUGAUACUGAAAAGAUGAAUUUCCGUCAGAUCGUAAAUAACACAUCUAAACUGAACGAAGAAGUCGAAGAACAACUGCCUUCAGUUGAUAUACAUCGUCAUAACAAAACAAUAAAUGAAUCACUUCAGGUAACAAUUAAAAAUAUCGAAAAUAAUUCUGUUUCUUUACCGAUUACUAAAAAUAAUGUUACCGUAAAGAAAAAUAAUCCAUCUUUAAAUGUUGAUAAUGCAAUACAUCAUGAAGUAGCAAAUCAAACUCAUAAACUGCCUAUUUUGAUGAAAGAUCAACGUCAAAUGCAAAAUGAUACCAAUUCCAGUUUAUUUGAGGAUGAACAUUAUUCAGGAGAUUAUGAUAAUGAAAUAGAACUUGAAAGAAAUAAUACCUCCUUACCAAUAAAGAAUGAGAAUGAUUCCAUUUCAACAGAAAAAUCUAAUAAUGAUGACAGUACUCAAAAAGAAAUUAAAUUACCUUUAGUUGAUGAGACUAUGCAAAAUGACGAAACUUCGAAUCAAAGUGAUGAAGAAAUAAUCAUAAAAAAUAUUAAUCCAGUAAUGAAUCAAUUAAGUGAAACAUUGAACUCAGAAAAUCCUGAUUCAUUUAUAACUCCCGCUGAGAAAAUUGUUAAUAAAGACCUAAUAAAUGUAGUGAUGGACAAUAAGAAUGUGACAAACAAUCAUUCAAAUCAUGCUCAAGAUCGUAACGCUGAAACGAAUGAAAAACAUCAAAAUGUCAAGCAAAAUGUUGCCGCAGAAAAAGAUAUAAUACCGAAUAAGGAAAAGGUGAAUAAUAACAUCAAUGAAAGUUCAUCCAAUAAACAACCUGUCAAUACGACUAAUGGUAAACAAGUUCAUCACAAUAUCUCAACUAUAAAUAAAGAUAAACAUAAACAACAAGGUAACGCAUCCACGCAAGACGAUUCUAACAAUUGGGUUUCUAGAGAAAUUACUGUUAGUAGUAGAACAGUAAAACUUCCAAAUGAAAAAUCAAUGAAAAAUAUGCAUGAAAUGUUUCCUCAUGGAGGCUUACCAUUUCUUGAAGUUGAAGAAAAAGAUACUCAAAGUUAUGAUGAUACAAUACAUGGUAAACAUUCUCCAUCUAAAAGUCCUUUAAAAUCUGUAUCUUUUACUACUAAUAAUCAUCAUAAUGAUCAACUAAUAGGAAGACUUGAAGAAUUACUUAGAAUGAUCACUGAUAUAAAACAUUACUUGGAAAUGUUAAAACCAUGCUUACCACAACCACAACCAAGACAUCCUAUGAUAAAAAUGCCUUUUCAGUCAAAACUACCACCUAAACAUAAAUUACUUGCUUUUUAACUUCAAUUCUUAGAAAAAAGUUCAUAUACUACUUAAAUCUCUUGAUUAUUAUUAUACUCACUACUUAUAAUUGAAUGAAGAUUGAUUUCUUAAACUUAAUAUUAACAACCAAUAAAAGUAAAUUAAAAAUAA